UCCUGAAGUGCUCUCUUUGCAGAAGUGGCAUUUUUCAAUCAAGUUAGAACCUACUUCCUGUAUACUCUGCCUAUAUUUGUAGGAAGAGGCAGGAGGAUGUCAGGGAAGGGAAAUGUGAUUAGAUAUCCUGACUUGGGUAGAAUUACAGAGGUGACAUCUGACUGGUUAAAAACAUGGGGUUGUUCUCUUAAAUCUUUAAAGGCUUUUGAAAAAAGGAAACUGGACACUUUUCUAACAUUUUGUGCUGGCCUUACACUUUUUUUACUUUUUAAAAAAAAUUACCAAGAGGAGAAACAGAACCUGGAUCACUUGACCAUCACACCUCUCAGAAAAGGAAAAAAAAGCAUAAAGAAAAGAACAAGAGCAGAGAGAAGUUCUUUACAGCCACUGAGUCUGGAGUUGUGGCCAAAUUUCCGCUGUGGUGUAGGUGUGGUGCCCCAGCUCUCUGGCAGCGCGCGCGAGAGACGGGGGUGGAUAGAGACAGAGGAAGAGGGCGAGAGAGACGGCCGUGUGGAGGGGAGCGCUGGUCGGCGCGCUGGGCCGGGAGCCAGCCCCGUCCGACGCCAGGGCUGGCACGGUAGCCGUGGGUGGGUGGGCGUAGUGGAGGUUGAAAGAGGUAACCCCCUCGUCUCCCCAGCCGCUCCGUCCCUCCCCGCCCGGCACUCCGUCCAGCUUUCCUCGCAGCCGAUCUUAUCAGCCCAGGCCACGGCGGCCAGCAGGAACAUCCCUGCCUUCCUGUCCCAGGCUGGAGGGGGGUGGGUGGAGUGAGAAUGUGUGAGAAUAUGUCAGGAGAAGCAGGGGAGCGUGGGGCACUUUGUCACUUUUCUAACUUUCACCCAUGACCAUGACGCCACUUACCUCCAGAAGUCUCCCUGUCUGUCCCCUCUCCUCCCUUUCCAGUAAAGUGACUGUGCAGCGUGGGUGUGCCUCAUAUCUCCUUUCAGCACACACGCACACGCACACACACACACACACUCACAAAUG